AUGCAGCAGCGUGGCAACAACAGCGGUGAUGUUCCCAAGCAUAGUUGCUGGGGCUCUUUGUUGUGGUUGUGUGGUUCCUGCGUGCCCAGUUGGGUCGCGACUGCCCCAGAAGCAUUUCUCGCAGCUAGCGCCGCGCCGGCAGGUACCAACGGCGGCGGUGGCCCCUCAGCGCAGUCGCAGGCCCGCAUCACGACGAGCUUCAGCAGCAUUCUUCGCACACGUCGGCCAGUGCUGGGGCUGCUUCUGCGCCGUCCUCGCACGCUCGCACGCUUCCUGUCGCUCUCCGCACGCAGAGUGCGCCGGGCCAAACAAUUUCGCAUCCUGCAACCAAUAAAGGCGCCCGAUAGUCAGUUUCCGGCGGCUGAAACACCGCAAGGUGCAGUGGGCGUCCAGCGGUUGGCACACGGACACGACCAGACGAUCGUCUCCCUGACAUGCACCGUCGACCUUGGUGCCUGUGCUAGCCCGACCUCGGGCCCUUGA